GGCGAGCGAGGCCAUUUAUCACCUCGACCCUGUACUUACGUGGCUUGGCACCACCGGCUGAUCCGCGCAGAACGAAGUAAACGCUGCCUCUCCAAUCGCCGUCCCCCGCUGCAGUUGCUCUUCCUUCCUCCUCCCUCCGUCCAGCUCCUCCCUCCCUCCCUCUCUCUCUCUCUCUCUCGUGUCUUCUCCCUCCAAUAAUUCCCUUCUCCUCCCGUCCUGUCAUAAGCCCACACACCCGCAAAAAUCAGAGCAGGGGGGGACCUCCAUGCCUGGAGCCGGUCUAGAUCUCCGGCGAGCCGGUCGCACGGGGUAGCCGAUCCGGCUCCGAUCUGAUGGGCGGCGAGGUGCCGGAGCCGCUGAGCCGCGCGCUCAGCUCCGGCUGCGGCGGCGUCCCCGAGGAGGCGCUGCACCUCGUGUUCGGCUACGUCGACGACCCGCGCGACCGGGAGGCGGCCUCGCUGGUGUGCCGCCGCUGGCACCGCAUCGACGCGCUCACGCGCAAGCACGUCACCGUCGGCUUCUGCUACGCCGCCGAGCCGGCCCGCCUCCGCGCCCGGUUCUCGCGGCUCGAGUCGCUCGCGCUCAAGGGGAGGCCCCGCGCCUCCAUGUACGGGCUCAUCCCCGACGACUGGGGCGCCUACGCCGCACCCUGGGUCGCCGAGCUCGCCGCACCACUCGAGUGCCUCAAGGCGGUCCACCUGCGCCGUAUGACCGUCACGGAUGACGACAUCGCGGUGCUCGUCCGCGCGCGCGGUCGCAUGCUGCAGGAGCUCAAGCUCGACAAGUGCUGCGACUUCUCCACCGACGCGCUCCGCCUCGUCGCCCGCUCCUGCAGAUCUCUGAGAACUUUAUUCCUGGAAGAAUGCAAAAUUACUGAUAACGGCAGUGAAUGGCUCCAUGAACUUGCUAUCAACAAUUCUGUUCUGGUGACACUGAAUUUCUACAUGACUGAACUCAAAGUGGAGCCAGCUGAUCUGGAGCUUCUUGCAAAGAACUGCAAAUCGUUGAUUUCUUUGAAGAUGAGUGACUGUGAUCUUUCAGAUCUGAUUGGUUUUUUCCACACCUCCAAGGGAUUACAAGAAUUCGCUGGAGGAGCAUUUUCUGAAGUUGGAGAAUACACCAAGACCAAGUAUGGAAAGGUUAAAUUCCCACCCAGACUAUGCUUCUUGGGGCUUACCUACAUGGGUACAAAUGAGAUGCCUGUUAUCUUUCCUUUCUCUGCAACACUUAAGAAACUGGACUUGCAGUACACUUUUCUCACCACUGAAGAUCAUUGCCAGCUUAUUUCUAAAUGCCCCAACCUACUGGUUCUUGAGGUGCGGAAUGUGAUCGGAGACAGAGGACUAGAAGUUGUUGCUGGUACAUGCAAGAAGCUACGAAGACUCCGAAUUGAGCGGGGGGAUGAUGAUCCAGGUCAAGAAGAGCAGGGAGGAGUCUCUCAGUUAGGCUUGACAGCCGUGGCUGUUGGUUGCCGUGAACUGGAGUACAUAGCUGCCUAUGUAUCUGAUAUCACCAACGGAGCGCUGGAAUCUAUUGGGACUUUCUGCAAAAAUCUUUAUGACUUCCGGCUUGUUCUACUUGACAGAGAAAAGGAAAUAACAGAUCUGCCGCUUGACAAUGGUGUCCGUGCUCUAUUGAGGAAUUGCACCAAGCUUCGGAGGUUUGCUUUCUACCUGAGACCGGGAGGGCUCUCGGAUGUAGGCCUUGGCUACAUUGGACAAUACAGUGGAAACAUCCAAUACAUGCUACUUGGCAACGUUGGUGAAUCUGACCAUGGAUUGAUCCAUUUUGCAAUUGGAUGCACAAACCUGCGGAAGCUCGAACUAAGGAGCUGCUGCUUCAGCGAGCGAGCUCUGGCCCUCGCCGUGCUCCGUAUGCCUUCACUGAGGUACAUAUGGGUUCAGGGAUACAGAGCCUCUCAAACAGGCCGGGACCUCCUGCUCAUGGCCAGGCCCUUCUGGAACAUCGAAUUUGUGCCUCCCAGUCCCGAGAGCACGUAUCAGAUGACGGCAGAUGGACAGCCUUGUGUGGAUAGCCACGCUCAGGUUCUUGGAUACUACUCCCUUGCUGGAAGGAGGCCGGACUGCCCUCAGUGGCUGGUUACAUUGCACCCUACGUGACUGUAAAUACUUCAAGCUGUGACCGUGUGUACCUUGUCGCCCCUUAUCCCUGGGCAAUAAGCAUGUGCUGAUGCGGUUAUUAUACCGACCUAGAUUGUUAGCUGCCUUCGUACCGUAAUAAACUAGUACUGUAGCUGAGGAGGUGUAGUGCAAUAAGUUGCUGUUGUCGCUUGUAUUGUAGUAGUGCUGCUAUCUAAUCCUAGGAAGGUGUAUACUAAAGUGCUCUGUGACAGUUGUCUCUGCUUUCUUCCCUGGAAUUGUACUCACGAUUGUAAAUAUCUGAAGUCCUGGUUUUGCCUGUGGUACAUACGCUGAAUUUGUCGA